UGCUCUAGGAGGAUGCAGAUCCCCUGACCCUCUGUCUGGACAGUGCUGAUUGGCCCUGUGCUGAUCACAUGCACUCUCUCAAGAAAAAAAACUCUCUAGCAAUGCACACCAAACUGAGCAUGUGCAGAGUGACUCCACACGAUAUAUCUUAUCAGAAGAUAAGAGGGGGACACUGGAAGAAGGAUCAAACAGCCUUUUUACACAAUACAGAGGAGUAACCCUUAGGUUCUACAGUGAGUAUAACAAGCAUGCUUUACUGCAUAUACAGACUGAUUUUACUGUUGUGGGCUUUAG